AUGGUACUGGCACGCAUGGGUCGCGUUGCCACAGCAACCCUGAUAUCUUGCAAGAAUGAAAUCAUAGCAAACAACGUCAAUUCCUCGAUAGUCAAGGAAGCGGCGAGGAUAUGCGUUGGAAUCCGCAUAUGCUACGCUGUUGCUGAACCAUUUCUAAAGAACGUCACGGCCUUCAAAGAGACAGUACUCACUUGCAUCGAGCGCAUGGCACGAGUGCUUCAAGCCAUGGAACCAGACAGGUUUGCUGCCUAUAACAUGAACAUCACACGAGUAAUGCAGAGUACCAGGAGAUGCGGCUAUAACCAUAUCCCCAUGGAUGUAAAGUACGUCCUGCACGGACUGCGGUACCUGCACAGCUUUGUGCUGGGAUAA